AUGUCUCUGCUGCAACUGUCGACUGCUGCCACAAGUAUAGUUAGUGGUGGAGGUGAUACCAAAGUUAAAAAAGGUCAACAAGACACCAAACUUAUAAAGUGUCAUAAACCCUUUGAAAGCCCCAUUAACCCAAUAGUUGAGCCCAAGUAUGAUUUGAGUGAAGAACAGCUGGCCAUUUAUAACGAGGUAUUGGAACACUUUGAAGAGUACAUUACCACUGACAUACCCGUUAGUGACCGGAAGAAUGAAACCCAAACGCAUCCUAUACUUGAAGAGGAAUUAGCUUGGUUGACUAAAGAAUGUUUUCUUAGAUACUUGAGAGCUACAAAAUGGAAGAAAGAGCAUGCUAUCAUCCGUAUAAAGGAUUCUAUAUUAUGGAGAAGAACUUUUGGUGUGGUUGUUGUUCCUGGAACCGAUACUAAACCUAUUACUGCUGAAUCGGUUGAAGUUGAAAAUGAAACUGGAAAGAACUUAAUUGUUGGUUAUGACAACGAUAAUAGACCUUGUUUAUAUUUAAGGAAUGGGUAUCAAAAUACCAGUCCAUCCAUUAGACAAGUGCAACACUUGGUAUUUAUGUUGGAAAGAGUUAUUCAAUUUAUGCCACCAGGACAAGAUACAUUGGCCUUACUUAUUGAUUUGAAGGCCGCACCUGAGCAUCUUAAGCUUCUGGCUAAGUUGCCAUCACUUUCUAUUUCUAAGCAAGUAUUACAUAUUCUUCAGCAUCAUUAUCCUGAACGAUUAGGUAAGGGGUUAUUCACCAAUUUGGGGACUUUUGGACAUGUUUUCCUUAAAAUGGCAGGUCCUUUCAUUGAUCCUUAUACUCGACUGAAAACCAUUUAUGAUCAACCUUUUGAAGAAUAUGUACCAAAGGAACAGUUGGAUAAGGAAUUCAAUGGUCUUUUGGACUUUGAAUAUGAUCAUGAUAUCUAUUGGCCAGAAAUGAAUAAGAUGGCUGAACGGAAGCAUCAAAUAUACAUGGACAAUUUUAAAAGAUUAGGGGGGAAAAUAGGUCAUAGUGAGUUCAUCUUAAGAUCACCCAUUAGUACAUAA